AUGUGGAGCACCCUGGAGAAGUCUGCUUCGUGUGAAGAUGCAGCUGCGGUUCUUAGCAAGCUUCUUGGUGUCGCGGAAAAACAAUGGCCCGGCCUGCAAGACAUGAUGCGGGGUCAGCUUGGAUCUGGUGCCUCACAGGCCCAGUGUGCGACGUGCAAAAAGCUGUUCACGGGCUUGUCCACCUUGGCACCUUUCCAGGCAAGUAAGCUCAGCGCUGACAACAUGCGCGCAAGGCGUUAUGUAGACAACCUGGUGAAGGGAGCCGCGGCCUCUCGCGAGGUGGCAGUGAAGCUUGGCUACAAUGUGGGAAGACAGCGUUGGCAUCGCGCCUCCGAGCCGGAGAAAGACAUAAAUGCAGGCGGCCGGCCUUCCGUCAUCAACAAGGAGGCUGCUAUAGCUGCUGUUAGAGCUGCGCUCGAAGACAAGUCUCAACCAUCGUCGUCUCUGUGCAAGAAAGGAGAUGAUUGGGUGGUUGCGAAGACGUUAACAGAGCGGCCUAGCAGAGUGUACCUGGCGCCAGAUGUUUGCAGCUCCAUGAGUGAGACGUCUUUUCGACGGCUCUUGCAAGCACACAUGGUCGAGUACCGUCGCCCGCGGCUUCUUACAGACUACUGCCAGCACUGCUAUGACCUAGACCGGAAGGUGAUGGUGGACGUUCGGAAGGCCAUUCAGCAUUGGCGAGAGGGCCUUGGAAAUGUCAUGGAGAAUUAUUUCCAGGCUUGGGACGCCCACUGUGCAGCUACAAACCUGUCCCUGGAAGAGCAAGCAGGGCUUUACCUCCGCGACUUCGAGCAUUACAUCAGCAAGCAUGACGCCAACAAGCCAUGCGCAAGACACCAGAACUCUGCUUUUCCAUGCGGUCUCUUCGAGCUUCGCAAGCGAGGCUCCGGCUUUGACCAGAAGCGCAGGCACGAGUUGCAUGAGCAGGAAGCCAUGGCCGGACAUGAGCUACGCGCGCUCUACAAGUUAUUGCUUGGCUACCUUCACCAUCGCGAGGCUAAAGAGGUGCAACACGCAUCCAUCGGUGCGCUACUUCAUAAUCCACCGCUGGGAACCGUUGUGCUCCUGUCAGACUGGAAAGAACUAGAAACUCUCCCGCAGUGUUGGCAAGCAACUGGCGACCAGUUCUUUGCUCAGGCAAGGCACGAGGUGUCCAUAUGGGGCGCCGAACUGGUGGAACACUCCGUGCAAUCAACAGCUGAGAAGCCAGACCUCGUUCGAACGCAGCUCAUCGUCCUCUCGACAAUAUUGGACCAUACAGCCUUGCGGACCAACCAGUUGAUCAGGGUCGCGCUGCAACGCCGCCAGACAGCGCGGAAGAUGGAGCGCCUCUGCAUCGUUAGCGACUGUGGGCCUCACUACCGCAGCCUUGAAAGCUGCGCUCACCACUUGGUGACGCUUCACCAAGCCCAUGGCUGCUCGGUUGAGGUGCACUUUGGCUGCGACCCUCGGUUCUCAAAGCAUUUCUCUUUAAUGCUUUUCGGGUGGGUGCGGCAAGUUCUCCAACGCUGCAAAGAACGGCGGGAGGACCUCUGGGAGCCCGACGACAUGGUCAAGGCUCUACAAUCUGGUUUUGCGGAGAACAAGAAGAGCAAUCCCGCGUCUCCACACGUGCUUUGCUUCCGUGACCAGAGCCCGGUGCCCGACAAUGCCGUAACACUGCAGGUGACCAAGGACUUAAAGAUCAGCAGAUCUUAUUGCCUCAGCUGCGAGCCAAGCAGGCUGCGCUCAACGCCAAACAUCUACGACCACGUCUUUAGCCAUAAGCCUGUGGCUAUCAUGGUGGACUACUACCUGCGCGACCUUGGAAAGACAACAGAGAGCUGGCGUGUUGGCUUUUGGAGCAAAGGCCGUGAUGCUUGGGAUACGCAGCCGCAGCCACUGCAACCUCGAGAAGAAACUACGCUGAGUAGGCGCUACAUGGCACAGAAGGAGUACAUACCGAAUAUGUUGGCUCGAAAGCGGGCACUCUUGCCUGACCUUGGAGAGCACCUUCGCAGGAGGGAGAAGCGACUUGCGCGUGUGCGGCGCAGUCAGAAAGCAAGGCAAGAAGCUCUCCAGAAGAACUUGCGUGAACUCCAGUCCCAGGACAGCAGCUCUGACUCCGACUCUUCCUCAGGGUCUUCUUCGUCCUCGUCUGACUCCUAA